GAAGACGUUGCUUUCCCAACGCUUCUGCUACAGCGAACCCAUACUGGAGAUGGUAGCGAAAGAAGAGCAGCAGGAGAUCGCCGCUUCUGGGAUGAAGCUCGUGUCUUGCCGGAUGUACGACAGCAUCUGGACGAUGCCCGACGUGGACAGCUGGCUCGAGUGCUACGUGCCUUUCUUCGGGAUAGUCGAACGGGUGCCUGUGGAGAUGCGGGGCGCAUUCUUCGAUGCAUGCAGGACUCUGCUCUCGGAGGCCUCGACCACGUCGCCCGAAGGUGUCGGCCUCAGGCACACCGUCAUCGUCGUUCACACGCAGAAACCGUGACGUCACUGAUGUCGUCACGCGUUCGACGUGUAAGCGCAACUUCGCAAUCUCAGCGUUCAGUCGCUC